CUCACUCGGGUAGGCGAUAAGAGAUAAAGACGUUGAUAUACCAUUAUUUAAUUUACUCGCUAAACAAUGGCUUUUGUUUCCUGAGCUCAUUAAAUUCUAUCACGAACUUCCGAAAGUGGGUCAAAACCAGACAUGAGACAUAUGUCUUAUACAUAAAAGGUCUAAUCUUUCUCACACAAUAAAAUUCCGGUUCACGCCAAGACAACGCUGGCAGUGUUAAUCUCACUUUUGUUUUCGAUUAGAAUAGCUCAGACAAAGGUACGUUAAUCCGGAUUAGCGGGGUUGAAUCCCAUUGUCAAAAUAGCGUUUGGUACCGAAAUUAUCGUCCGGUUUACGGAAUAGAGAGGUUCCGGUUUACUGAGGUUUAUUUUACAAAAGAUAUAUGGGAAAAAUUUCCGGACCAAAACGUUUGUUCGGUUUAUAGAGAAUUCCGGUAUACUGAGGGUCCGGUAUAGAGGGGUUUCGCUGUACCUCUCAGAACACAACACUGCGAGAUUUCAGUAUUUUCCUCCAAUUUGGUCUUCUUGCGGCGUGUUCAUUGAGUCAUUUCGAAGCCUUGCAUUGAUUUCAAGGUGGUCAGCAAUGGUGGUGAUUUUCAAGCUCCUUCCUAAUUGGUUGUGCAAGAAUUUCAGAAAGAUCCGAGUCCUUACUGUGGUGUUGUUUUGCACUAUUACAAUCAUAUAUUACAAUCAAAGACUACCUCCUCCACCUCCUACUAGUCCCUCAAACGUCGUAUGGCCAGAAUUUUCUCUGCAUCUGCCUUUUGUUGAACCUAAUAUCAGUUUCCCAGACAGGAACAUCUAUCUGGCAGUCGCAGUGAAUUCUGCUGCCACAGGGCACAAAUAUCGUGGGCUGAGAAAAGCUAUACGAGAAACAUGGGGAAGCUCGUUGGAGUACACUAGGAACAAGAUUUGGAAAGUAUUUUUCGUUUUGGCGAUAAGUGAAAACAAAACUGAACAUGAAAUGAAUCUACAAGAAGCAUCGCGAAACAACGAUGUAAUCAUUGGGAAUUUCACAGACAAUUAUGAAAGCGUUGUAUUAAAGACAUUUAUGUCUCACUACUGGGUAACCACGAGAUUCCCUUCAUGCAGGUAUGUAUUGAAGACAGAUGAUGAUGUUUAUGCUCGAGUUCCAAGGCUUUUACGGUGGCUAGAACGAGCUGGCGCUCCUAACAGGUUUUAUGGAGGAUAUGUCAGCGUGGGCUUUAAGACUGUCCGCGACCCAAGGAACAAAUGGUUUAUUUCGAAAAGUCAAUAUGAAAAAGAGUACUGGCCGCCGUUCUGUCAUGGAGCUUUCCAUGUACUUUCCACUGACAUUCUUCCACAGUUUUUUAAUUAUACAAAAUUCGGUCGAAAGCCCUUUCACACGGAUGAUACUUACUUGGGUGUAGUGGCUAGUGAAUUAGGAAUCGAAGCUAAAACGUUGCCUGGUUUUGACCUUCGAUAUCACACGGAGUACAUCAGACCAAGAUCAGCUUGCGAUCUUAUUACCUCUACGACGAUGGGACACAUGAUAGAUGCUUUCACGAUGAUGAAAUACCACAACUUUUAUACUAAAGAAAUGAAAUUAGGAAAAUAUAUACGGCUUAAGUGCUUAGUGUCACAAAAUGCAAAACUCUUUGCUAUUGCUGCUGUAGUGAUUUUCUGUCUAUUGAUAGGAAGGCUUUUUGGAGCUACAGUAUUUAGAUGGAUCACUAAACUAUGGCAGAGUGUAUGUUAUAGUUCAACUAUUGAACAUUAGUAGAAAAUUAUAUAUAACAUAUUUACUAUUUUAGUUGAAGUCACACAUUGCAAAUUCACUCGUAAACGUACACCUCGAUUUAAAAAACUUUUUCUCCAAAAUUUGGAUAGGACGAGAUGUAAAAAUUUCACUUAGGAAGUUUGAAGAAAAAACUUGGAGCAAAUGUGAUUAGCAAAACUCCCAUACAGUAAACACCCGCACAUAAGAACCUAGGUUUUUCCAAGUUAGCCUAAACAGGUUCUUAUAUAACGGGUGCUUUAAUUUGUAGGAUAAUUAGGUUCUUAGUAGGUUCUUAUUUUUAUAUGGAAGAUAAAAUCAAUGUAAAAAUAGGCCUUGUAUGACCCAUUUAAAGUAAUUAAUCUAAAGCAUAUUAAGAUUUAA